GAGUCCGCCCCGCCUUGUCUCGAAGCCGCUCCUGCGAACCGGUUUCGCCUCGGAGAGCCGGCGGAUCUCGGCGCUGCAGUCGCGGUGCUUGCCUAGCUGCUUCCCGGGGAUCGCAGCGGGCUCAGGUUUGCCUUAGGUCCGGUCAGUGCCAUGAUCCGCCAGGAGCUCUCCACAUCCUACCAAGAGCUGAGUGAGGAGUUGGAUCAGGUGGUUGAGAACUCAGAGCGGGCGGACGAGCGGGAAAAGGAGGCGGUCAAAGUCCAGGGUCCAGGGAUCUUACCAGCCCUGGACAGCGAGUCCGCCUGCAGCAGCAUCCGCUUUAGCAAGGCCUGCCUGAAGAACGUCUUCUCGGUGCUGCUCAUCUUCAUCUACCUGCUGCUCAUGGCCGUGGCCGUCUUCCUGGUCUACCAGACCAUCACGGACUUUCGUGAGAAACUCAAGCACCCUGUCAUGUCGGUGUCUUACAAGGAGGUGGAUCGCUACGACGCCCCAGGCAUUGCCCUGUACCCCGGCCAGGCCCAGCUGCUCAGCUGUAAGCACCAUUACGAGGUCAUUCCACCUCUGAGGAGCCCCGGCCAGCCAGGAGACAUGAACUGCACCACCCAGAGGAUCAACUACACAGACCCCUUCUCCAAUCAGACCCUGAAAUCCGCCCUGAUUGUGAAGGGGCCCCGGGAGGUGAAGAAGCGGGAGCUGGUCUUCCUCCAGUUCCGCCUGAACCAGAGCAGCGAGGACUUCAGCGCCAUCGAUUACCUCCUCUUCUCUUCUUUCCAGGAGUUCCUGCAAAGCCCAGACAGGGUAGGCUUCAUGCAGGCCUGCGAGAGCGCGUAUUCCGGCUGGAAGUUCUCGGGGGGCUUCCGCACCUGGGUCAAGAUGUCCCUGGUGAAGACCGAGGAGGAGGACGGGCGGGAGGCGGUGGAGUUCCGGCAGGAGACCAGCGUGGUUAACUACAUUGACCAGAGGCCAGCGGCCGAGAAAAGUGCUCAGUUGUUUUUUGUGGUCUUUGAGUGGAAAGAUCCUUUCAUCCAGAAAGUCCAAGACAUAAUCACCGCCAAUCCUUGGAACACGAUCGCUCUUCUCUGUGGGGCCUUCUUGGCAUUAUUUAAAGCUGCAGAAUUUGCCAAACUGAGUGUGAAGUGGAUGAUCAAAAUUAGGAAGAGAUACCUUAAAAAAAGAGGUCAGGCAACGAACCACAUAAGCUGAAGUCGCCUGCGUUGUUCGUAGGACUGCCCGAGUUCAUGGAAGUUCUCAUCACUUCUGCUUUGGUAAACCUAGCUGCCAGCAAUCCUGUCCUCACUUGAAGAAACGAGCCUUGCUGGGGGCCUGCCUGUCACACUGCAGCUUCUAACUGGUCCUCAGAGAGACUGUCUAGAGCCCAAUGGAAGAGAUCCAAUGGAUGACCUAACCGUUAUUUAAGUAUUUAAAUUAUUAAUGAACAUUUUUUGACAUAUGACAUGAAUAGGGUUUGUGGAAGAUGGAAUUAGAUAUAAUCCAGUUUCCUGAAGGUUUUUGGAAGCUGCCUCCUUUCUCGGUUUGGUGUAUAGUUAAGGUCUAACAGGAUGAUUAAGGCUCUGACCUUAGGUUUUUUUUCUUGAGAUUUUUUUAAAUGGACAGAGGAGAGUGUGAUUUUCUUCUCCCCCACCAGUGAUUCUUCAGGUGUGGAGGUCAUGCUGUGGAACCGGUGUACGGUAUGUGAGAAACGCAAAACCCCUCAUGUCUCUGGCGCCAUCUGCCAGCCCCUGACACGCUCUCUUGUUUGUUAAAUAUUAAAUGAGACUUUUUUUUAAA